GAGCCGGGGUCGCGCACCGCUACUUCUCUUACUACUACGACCCAGCCAACCUACGGUCACGUUUCUACUACAUCUCUCUCUCCUUCCUUCUCUCUAUCUAGCGCGACGUCUGAGCUCUGCUGCCCCGUUCAUUUGGUUCCCGUGUAACAGACAGACAUGUUGGUGAUUUUAACCUUCAUCCUCCUCUUCCACGUCAUCUCAGUCAUCCUCCUCUUCAUCAGCACCAUCAACAAUGCAUGGUGGGUGGCGUCUGCUCCAGGAGGCAACGUGAUUUACACUGACCUGUGGUACUCCUGUAACGUAACGUGUCUCCCUGUCAAGAACAGCGCUUCCACUGACGCAGUCUAUCUACAGGCUGUCCAGGCCACUAUGAUCCUGUCCACAAUUCUCUGCUGCGUGGGUUUCUUUGUGUUCAUCCUUCAGCUCUUCAGACUGAAACAAGGAGAGAGAUUUGUCUUUACAGCCAUCAUCCAGCUACUGGCUAGCCUGUGUGUGAUGAUCGGAGCGUCCAUCUACACGGCAGAGAGGCAGGGUUUUACGGAGGAGUCUCUAAGGAAGGGAGGAUAUGGCUCAUCCUACGUCCUGGCCUGGAUCAGUUUCCCCAUGACUGUCAUCAGCGGACUCAUGUAUCUGGUGCUGAGGAAACGCAAAUAAAAACACUCUACAAGACACACAAACACGUUAUAAUUGAACAGAGGAAGUGUGUAAACUAACAGUCUAUUAGCUAAACAUGUUGUUUAGAGGGGAGUGGGAUGAGGUUUCCAUGGUGACGUCUAUUAGC